AUGAGCUCGAUAAAAGCUAUAGGCCAAGAUGAUGUUCACAGAAUAACAUCUGGUCAGGUUAUUGUGGAUUUGACAUCGGCAGUCAAGGAACUGGUGGAAAAUUCUCUAGAUGCGGAUGCAACACUGAUAGAGGUGGUGUUUAAGAACUACGGUUUGGCCGCGAUAGAGGUGAGCGAUAACGGUAAUGGAAUUUCAAAAACGGACCAUUCGAUGAUUUGUUUGAAGCAUCACACUUCCAAGCUGGAUACGUUUGAAGAGGUCAAUUCGGUGGUGACAUAUGGUUUCAGAGGUGAGGCCAUGAGUUCGCUAUGUGCGGUAUCCAACGUGACAAUCACCACAUCGACGAAAGAGGAGGCACCACGAGCAACAAGGCUUGAAUUUGGCAAAUCCGGAGUGCUGCAAAAGAGUUCGGUGGUCUCUGGAAAGAAAGGCACUGUCACGUGUGUUAAUGACUUCUUCGAGCCUCUACCGGUGAGGCGAAAGGAUCUUGUGAAAAAUGCACGGCGAGAGUUCCAGAAGGCGCUAAUGUUGUUGCAAGCAUAUGCGGUAAUAUGCGUGGGGGUCAGGUUCAUUGUUUCCCACAUUCCGGCCAAGGGCAGCAAGAACGUGGUUCUGGCUACCAAGAACAAUACGGAUCUCAAGGGCAAUAUUGGCGAUGUGUUUGGGUCAAAUGGGAUGUACGGAUUGCAUAAGGUUGAAUUUGAGGUUGAUGUGGGUACAAAAUUCAGAAUCAGAAGCAAACAGACGAUGAAAAUCAGGGUCUCUGGAUACAUAUCAAACAGCUCUUUCGGACAAGGUCGGUCGGCAACGGAUAGACAACUCGUAUUCAUCAACAACCGACCUGUGUCCUUCCCAAAGAUUUUGAAGGCAAUAAGUGAUGAAUACAAACAGUAUAAUCAUCUGCAAUUCCCAGUCAUAUUGAUCAAUCUGGGGAUCGAGGCAGAUUACCUGGAUCUAAAUGUGGUUCCUGAUAAGAGGACUGUUUUGAUUCAUAAUGAAAUGACUAUGAUAGAGGCUGUACGGGAGGAAUUCAAAAUUAUAUUUUCGGAGAAUGUUUUUGUUUUGCCUAAGAACACCAGCAGUGAUCAAAUCAGCAGAAAGGGUACACGGAAUAGGUCUUUUGGAGAAGAUGUACAAGAGGAAGACAGAGACGACACUGAAAUGGUUGAGCUGAGUGAAAAGAGCGAAGAAGAAGAAGAAGAAGAAGAGAAAGGUGCUGAUGGUGCUAUGGAAGAGCAAAUGUAUAAUGAGCCUCAGGUGGAGAUCGAUCUGGAACAGGAAUCGGACAAUGAGGCGGAGGAGCAAGAAGUGACCAUAGUAUCAAGUCCCCUGAGCGAGGAGGAGGACAUUGAACGCGACGAACCUGAAAAUGAACAAACUGAAAUAGCCCAAGCCUAUAUGGCAGAAACAGCUGCUUGCGGCCAUACUCAUUCCAUUUCUGACGAGGAGGGUGAUGAAGAAGAGGGACUGCGGCAAGAAGAGGAAGACGAAAAGGAGGACGAAGUAGGAAAAGAGGAGGAGCAGAUAGAAGGUGUUGCACAAGGUUUAUCGGAGUGUUGUCAUACUCACUCAAAACCACCCGAAAGUCCGUUCAGCCAGUCCCGACUGUCUUCGUUCGUGUUUUCUGAAACGCCCCACGCUUCUCCCAGCAAAAGAAAGCCAGAUGUGUCGUCACCUCUGAAGCAGAAAGAUGCGACACCGACGAAGGGAAGAGCGGCGAAGCGCUUACGAGACGAAGACGAAGGAAAAGAAAACUUGACUUUGGAGACAUUGUCUAGGAAACAGGUGAAAGCAUUACCGAGUUCCUUGCAGCUGCACAAUGUGGACCAGAUUGUAUCGUAUUCACAUGAGAGUCUCAACUUGAAUAUUCCAAUUACGGAAUUGUCUGUUGGCUCUGAAGACAUUCCAAUUGAGGACAUCACUGACAGAGAAGCAGCGGAGUUGGGUCUCACAUUAAAGGUUUCAAAGUCUGAUUUUGAGUCUAUGAAGAUUGUGGGUCAAUUCAACCUUGGAUUCAUUAUUGUGACGCGAAAGUCCAGCGAACAGGGUACUACGGAUUUAUUCAUUGUGGACCAACACGCCUCUGAUGAGAAGUACAACUUUGAGAAGCUACAACGAGAAACAACGUUCGAGAGUCAGCCCUUAGUUGUCCCCGUGGAUCUAGAUUUGAACCCCAUAGAUGAGUUGUUGGUGAUCGACCACCGCGAGGUAUUUGCUAGGAACGGGUUUCGUCUUGAGAUAGAUGAGCAGCAACCCCCGGGAAGGCGGAUCCGGCUACGUUCCUUGCCGGUUUCCAAGAAAACUGUUUUUGACACAAGCGAUAUGAAUGAGCUGAUUCACAUGCUGAAAGACGGUGGAUCGGCCAAGUCAAUUCGGCCCUCCAAAAUACGCUCAAUGUUUGCGAUGCGUGCUUGUCGAAUGAGCAUCAUGGUUGGAAGGCCUUUGAAUAGGAGAACGAUGCAAACGGUGGUCCAACAUCUUGCAGGACUCGACAAGCCAUGGAAUUGCCCACAUGGAAGACCUACGAUGCGGCAUCUAAUGGAGCUGAACUUGCGUAAACCAUUCACAGAUGACUACAGACUGUGA